GAUGCAACACUAUCCACUUUCAAGUUUCUACGGCGUUCCCCCCUCACUUGCAUAUUCCCAAUACUCCUACUUGAACUUCGAUCAUAUACAACCGCCGAAUCUACAGACUAAUUAUAAUGAAAGAACACCACAGGAUGUUAACUAUCAGCCACCUAUUUGGAAUGUUCAAUCUGAACAAAGCGUCUCUCCAACUUUCUCGGCAGCUUCAGAUGCUGAUGCAGCAACUUCUAACUCUAUUAAUGUAACAUCAGGUGGUCGAGUAAGAAAAAGGCCGUUGGAGUCUGGAAAACCUCCAUACAGCUAUAUCGCUCUUAUCUGCAUGGCGAUUAGUAAUACUCCUAAUAGGUGUGCGACAUUACGAGAAAUCAUCGAGUUUAUUGAAACAAAGUUUCCCUUCUAUAAACGAAAUACACGAUGGCAUGGAUCAAUUCGACACAAUCUUACACUCAACGAUUGUUUCGUUAAACUUGCAAGACGCCCAGGUGAUAAAGGACAUCCCUGGUCAAUAGAUCCACAAUUCGAAGAUAUGUUCGAUAAUGGAAGUCUAUUAAGAAGAAGGUAUCGAUUUAAAGAGGGAAGUGCCGCCCAAAAAAAGUUUGAGAAGAGAAAAGAGAAGCAAAACGUGCCCAAGGACUGUAUAUCAACCCAAUAUUCGUCACACUUAAAUGUCGAUGGAAAUUUUUAA